AUGAAAAGCAUGCGAAUGAACGCCUAUUUAUACGCUCCAAAAGAUGAUACUAAGCACAGGCAAGCUUGGCGUGAAUUAUAUACACUACAAGAGGAACAACAAAUAAAAAAUUUAAUUGUUGAAGCGGAGGAGCAGGGUGUCCUGUUUAUCUUUGCCGUCUCUCCGGGACUAGAUAUAUCUUAUACAACCGCAUCUGAUGUAGAUAGACUGAAGCAAAAACUUUCUCAAGUAUUUAUUUUGUUAGACUAUUCUCAGAUCUCCAAACUUGGUUGCAGAGCUUAUGCUCUUCUUUUCGAUGAUAUUGAACCACGUCUCUGUCCUCUCGACCAGGAGGUGUAUGCAUCACCUGCUCGGGCUCAAGCCGCACUAGCGAAUGAUAUAUACCAAUACUUGUCUACUCCCGACGUGUUUUUGUUCUGUCCUACUGAAUAUUGUGCGAGCUGGUCAGUCCCAAAUGUUGCGAGAUCUAGCUAUCUUGAGACCAUUGGCUCAGAUUUGCAUGCUGGACUUAUAUUUCAACCACUUCAUCUAUCCCUGAAUUCGGGACAUGCCAUCUAG